GCGGGGGACGAUACUCAUGAGGUUCAUCUCAUUACGAUUCACGUGUAAGAAAAUGAACAACCGUCAAAACCGUUUCUUUCUUUCCCGGCGAAGCAUAUAACAUCGCACAUUCCCUCUCCGGACUCUUCUCACAGCUUGCGCGCGCGCUCUCUCUCUUUCUCUGUCUCUUGUCGGUUAUUAGGCGAUCCUCCAAAAUGGCUACCGCCGCUGUUGCCGGGAUGAAUGGCGGCCUAGAGCCGCAAUCAGCUCUGAUCUUCCUCGGCACCGGCUGUUCAAGCGCCGUUCCUAACGCACUCUGCUUGAUCCGCCCCUCUGAUCCUCCGUGCCAGGUCUGCUCCCAGUCACUCUCCGUUCCACCAGAGCAGAACCCUAAUUACAGGUGCAAUACAUCGCUUCUUAUAGAUUAUUCUCCCAGGAAUGGUGAACACAAGUAUAUACUGAUUGACGUUGGCAAGACUUUCAGGGAACAAGUGCUCCGCUGGUUCACUCGUUAUAGAAUUCCUUGUGUUGAUUCUGUUGUUUUGACUCAUGAACAUGCUGAUGCAGUUCUUGGUUUGGAUGAUAUACGUGCAGUUCAACCGUUUAGUCCAACAAAUGACAUUGACCCUACACCAGUUUUUCUUAAUCAGUAUGCAAUGGAUAGUCUUGCUGUGAAAUUCCCCUAUUUGGUUCAGAAAAAACUCAAGGCUGGCCAGGAAGUUAGGCGUGUAGCACAACUUGAUUGGCAGAUCAUUGAAAAUGAUUGUACAAAGCCAUUUGUUGCAUCAGGACUAGAAUUUGUUCCACUGCCAGUGAUGCAUGGGGAAGACUAUGUAUGCUUGGGCUUUCUUUUUGGUGGAAAGUAUAGAGUUGCAUAUAUAUCUGAUGUUUCACGCUUUCUUCCAAGUACAGAAUCUUAUAUCUCAAAAGAUAGUGGUCAACAGUUGGAUCUACUUAUCUUGGACAGCCUUUAUAAGACGGGUUCCCACAAUGUUCACUUGUGCUUCCCUCAGACCCUUGAUACUAUUAAAAGACUAUGCCCAAAGAGGGCUUUUUUAAUUGGGAUGACUCACGAAUUUGAUCAUCACAUAGACAAUGCAUUCCUUAUGGAAUGGUCUAAAAGGGAAGGAAUACAAGUUCAGCUGGCAUAUGAUGGGUUGAGGGUCCCCAUUGACCUAUAGAGAGGUAUCAUUUAAAAAUUUACUUGCAGAUCGACUGUGAACCAUGAAGGAUAGCACACCCAUUCUUGUACUAGUAUCUCCACUCUUGAUUUUAGAGUAGAUGUCAAGAUACAAAACCGUGAUUUAGAAAGAAAGAAGUAGCAGGAAGAGAGGCCAGUAUGUAUGUCUUCCUGGCUUAACUAGUAUCUUGUGUGUUUCUAUUUGCUCAAUUACUCCCCCCAUGGAGGGGCUGUAAUGCCAUAUUAUUUUCCCUGCAAUCAUCAUGCAUUGAUCAAUGCCUGAUUUGAAUCUGAUCUGUUGCAGAAUGAAUAUAAUAUUACCCCCAUAUAUGAAAUAUCAUUUUGGUACAUGGUUGUUCUCCCUUACCUUUCCUUAGCUUGUUUGUACUGUGUUUCUGGGAGUAUGCAAUGAAUCCUUAGGCAAGAAAUGCUUAGAUACUAGUCUUGGACACAUUUUAAUUAUUGGGUUCUCUAUGUAUAUGUUUUGAUGACUUAAAUGAAAUUAUUUUGGUGUUAAUCUAAA